GUCGGUGGUUGUUCAAAGCGGCUGCCACAGCGAUUGCCGGUAGGGUCAGUGGUGGGGGCGGAGGGCCACGAGUCAGCGAGGAAGCUCCAGAUGGUGGGAGUUCUUCAACUGGUGGAGGUAGCUGGUGAUGUCAAUGCACCGUAUGGCGGUCAUGACUUGGUUGGAAAGCAAUUGGUCAGUACAAAUGCAGCAGCUCAUGGCGCUGGUGCGAGUGGUGCAGACAUGCUUCUUAAACUAGCCAGGACAACGCCCUACUAUCGCCGAAACAGACCGCACAUUUGUUCCUUUUGGGUGAGUGUAGGCGUGGCGAGGAAUGUCCGUACAGACAUGCAAAAACCGACGGAUCCAGACGAUCUACUGUCGGAAAAAAAUCUGCGUGAUCCUUACUACGGUCAAGACGAUCAUGUGGCUGCUAAGCUCCUCUCCAAGAACUGCUAUCUACGUGAUCACUUUUAUCAGUUUGGUGAGCUGCGUCCGGUUAGUGUUCAUCACAAUCAGCACUGCGCCUUCCUGCAUUUUACCCCCAGAGAAUCCGCUGAGAGGGCCGCUGAACGAAUUUAUGAUCGCCUUAUCCAGUGGGGCCAUCGCUUGACUGUCAACUGGGGCAAAUCUCCUGGGGCUUUGGCAGCCGCUGCUGCUGCAGGCAUAACACUAUCGGGGACUGGCGAG